GCGCUAAAAAGCGCGACCAUUCUGGCAUCACUGUAUCAGACCACCGUUGGAUUUCGGUGGAGCUCGGUGCCCUCGCGUCCCUCGGGCGUCGCCGAGAGACGCGACCGCGAUGGGCCCUGAAGAGGCUCCGCGAGGAUGACCUGAUUGCCUCCCUUGAGGCCGCCUGCUGGGUCCGGGGGGAUGUCCCCGAGACCCGCGAUACGGACCCCCAACAAGAGGCCGAGUGGAUCGGGACAGCAUUAGCGGCGGCGUGUAACGCCGCUAUGCCCCGAUCGAAAACUCGGCCUCGGCGGGCGGUCCACUGGUGGACGGAAGAAAUUGCCGAGUUACGCCGGCAAGCCGUCCACCAGCAGCGAAUAUCCGCCCGCCAUGCGCGCAAGGGCGGGCAGGCGGCCGAACGGGCAAGGGAGGGCUACCUGGCGGCCAAGGUAGCCCUCCGCAAGGCCAUCAAGAAGGCUAAGGGCCAGGCGUGGACGGAGUUCAUCGACUCCCUAAAUGAAGAUCCGUGGGGGCGCCCAUAUAAGAUGGUCCUCAACAAAUUGAGGCCAUGGGCGCCCCCUCUAACGGAACGGUUGGACGCGGGAUUCGUCCAGAGGGUGGUGCGUACCCUCUUCCCUGAAGAUGACGGUGAGGAGGGCCCACCCUCAUUGUCUGGGGAAGAAUACCCAGACUGGGACGACUCCCUCGACGUCCAGCCGGAUGAACUCCGGAAGGCCGUCAAAAGGGGAUUAAGAGGCAACACGGCCCCUGGUCCCGACGGCCUUCACAAGAAGGUCCACCUCGUUGCUUUGCGAAACGAAACCACUCCGCAGCAGUAUCUUCAAACUCAAUUUCUUUUACUUCAUAAGACGAAGUAA